AUGGCGACCGAAGAGCAGAUCCAGGAGAUCGAGGUCCUGCAGUCCAUCUACCCCGAUGAGUUCACACAGGUCACGCCCACGCAAUUCACGAUAUGCCUAGUCCUCGACCCCCCCAGCAUCCCCGGCCAAUCCCACGAACCGCCAAUCCUCAACCUCCACGUCACCUACCCCCCCACCUACCCCGACGCCGCGCCCACCCUCGACCUCAGCAUCGACGCCGCCUCCCCCGCCUCCUCGCUCUCCUUCCCCGCCGACAAAGACACGCUCCUCGCCACGCUCGCGGCCACAGUCGACGAGAACCUCGGCAUGGCGAUGGUGUUCACGCUCGCCACGACGCUCAAGGAGGCCGCGGAGGAGCUGCUGGCGUCGCGCGCGCAGGCGGUCGAGGCGCGCCGCGAGGAGCGUCUGCGCGCCGAGGAGGAGAAGGAGAUGGAGAAGUUCCGCGGCACGCUGGUGACGCGGGAGCGCUUUGUGGCGUGGCUGGGGAGGUUCAAGGAGGAGGAGGAGGAGAAGAGGCGGGUGGCGGUGGAGAGGAGGGAGGAGGAGGAGAGGGGCAAGAGGGGGGCGGGGGUGAAGGAGAAGAGGCUGACGGGGAGACAACUGUAUGAGCGCGGCCUGGUCGGCGGGAUGGACGAUGCGGAGGAUGUGGAGGAGGAUGGCGUGGAGGUGGAUCUGGCGAAGUUGAAGGUGGCGGCAUAG